GGCGGGCACUCGGCUGGGCUCUGGCGGCGCAGGCGCGGUGCGGUGCUGGGCUCCGCCGCCGGAGUGUCAAUCUCCUCGUCGUUCCCGGAGCGCUAGUCUGGGGCCGGCUCUUCUGCAGCGGAGUGACAGUUAUGGCCGAGGCACUGGAUCUGGGUAAAGACCCCAAUGGACCCACUCACUCCUCCACUCUCUUCGUGAGAGGAGAUGGCAGCGCUAUGUCGUUUUACGUGCGGCCCAGCCCGGCCAAGCGCCGGCUGUCCACGCUCAUCUUGCACGGAGGCGGCACCGUGUGCCGGGUGCAGGAGCCCGGGGCCGUGCUGCUGGCCCAGCCCGGGGAGGCGCUGGCCGAGGCGUCGGGCGACUUCAUCUCCACGCAGUACAUCCUAGAUUGCGUGGAGCGCAACGAAAGACUGGACCUGGAGGCAUACCGGCUGGGACUGACCGAGCAGGCGGCAGACACAAAGCCCGGGGCUUCCACCGAGGGCUCCACGGAGCUGGAGCCGCAGCCUCUGACGGGGCGCAUCGCCUACACAGACGCGGACGACGUGGCCAUCCUGACCUACGUGAAGGAAAACGCCCGCUCGCCCAACUCGGUCACAGGCAACGCCUUGUGGAAAGCGAUGGAGAAGAGCUCGCUCACGCAGCACUCCUGGCAGUCGCUCAAAGACCGCUACCUCAAGCACCUGCGGGGCCAGGAGCACAAGUACUUGCUAGGGGACGCCCCCGUCAGCCCGUCCUCCCAGAAGCUCAAGCGGAAGGCGGAGCAGGACCCGGAGGCCGCGGAUAGCGGGGAACCUCAGAAUAAGAGAACACCAGACUUGCCUGAAGAAGAGUGUGUGAAGGGAGAGACCAAGGAGAGUGACGAGUCAGUCAAGAAGCUCUUCGAGGAAGCCACUCGGGAGUUUGAAGACACUGUGGUGGGUGAGAGCCCUGACUUUGAAAUACAUAUAACGAUGUGUGAUGAUGAUCCUCCCACACCUGAGGAAGAUUCCGAAACACAGCCAGAUGAGGAGGAAGAGGAACCAAAAGUUUCUACACAAGAAGUGGGAACUGCCAUCAAAAUCAUCCGGCAACUGAUGGAAAAGUUUAACUUGGAUCUAUCAACAGUUACACAGGCCUUCCUGAAAAACAGUGGUGAGGUGGAGGCCACUUCCUCCUUUUUAGAGUCUGGCCGGAGAUCUGAUGGUUAUCCAAUCUGGUCCUGGCAAGAUGACUUAGAUUUGCAAAAGGAUGAUGAAGACACUAGAAAUGCAUUGGUCAAAAAAUUCGGAGCUCAGAAUGUUGCUCGGAGGAUUGAAUUCCGAAAGAAAUAGUGGACAAGAUAAUGGGAAAGGUGUGGCAGGAGAUGACACAAACAUUUUGUGACCGUUGAAACCGACCAGCACUGCUGUUCUCUGAGCCCCAGGUUUUGUAGCCAAGCAGCAUUAUGUAGCAGGAUGAAACAAAAGAAACUGCAUGUAGAGUGGUCCCUGGCAAGCAUCUCUGUGUUUAUGAUAGGGAAAUCUAAAUCAGAGAGGCUAGAGUGUACAGUAGUGAUCCUUAGUUGGAAAGUAACCCCUGUCGUAUUGGUGACAGGAGCCUAGUGACAAAAUCACAGUUGGAAAUAAAAAGGCAUAGGUCCUUCCACUCUUGAUGAGUAAAAACCUCCUCCUCUUUGGGCAGAAGUUGUUUUAGAUGAAGAGUCCCAAACCAUGAGUCUAGAAAUAAGAUUUAAUUGCAAAGCUUAUACCAUGGACUGUUCCGAACCAUCCCAUCUCCCAGGGAGCUCUGAUUUCUACUGUGUUGAAAAAUGACACAUUCAGCUUGCUAACAGUGUUUGAAAACUCUGCUCCUCCCCUGGCUGUUAUUUUUUGAGUUCUCAGUCAAGUCUCUAGUAUGCAUUUGCUUACUUACCAACUCAGUUUUGUGUACAAUAAAACCCUAUAGUUGUGGGGGAGUGUCCAGUCUUUUGACAUAACAGAUGUCACACAUGAACUUCACAGUCAAGAAGAAAAAAAAAUCAAGUUACACACACACACACCCUCAAAAAACCUCUGUGCUGUAAGUCUAUGAUUCUGCAGCUCCCUUUUGUAGCUCUCCCCAACCACAUGGGGGCUGCUGGUUGGAUACUGUUAAUUGUGAUGUGUUUUAUAAUCUUAUCAAACAUAAGUUUUCUGCUGAAAAAUUGUGCUAGAGUUAAAAUUUAGCGGAUUGGUCCACUUUGUUGUGUUGCUUAUAUCAUUCAAAAUAAAUAUAAUUUUGUGUUUGA